UGUAUCUAUUGUAUAUUAAGUAUUUAAUUUGUACUUGCUGAUGGUGUUGUCCAUCAAACGUUAACCUAUCCCCGACGUGCUUUUAUUAUGAAAUGUCUAACCGGAAGCUCUGGUGUUUUUGUGGCUGCUUUUCGACACAGGUCAGAAGAAGCCCAAACGUGGAGGCGAGGAUGUGGAUAUGCUGACAUCUGCAAGCCAGAGGUUUAACUGGAAGACCACCGUAGUCAGGCGGGCGAACAACGGCCUUAGCAACCUCGAAGCAACUCCGAGACAUGUAACUGGUUGUGAAGAGGCUUGUGUCCUGUAGGGCACCUUGAAGCUCAGCCAGUCACGGUGCCUCCCUGGGGCUUUCUAUCAUGAGGGGGCGUUGCUCUCGAAAACUGGGCGUGCUGGCCAAGGCUGGCUUCCUGCUCUGGCUGCUGUGGUUGGGCUACCUGUUGUUAGCACGCUCCUCUUUCCCUUCCUCUUCCUCUGUAGAGGAGGAAGACCAGGACCGCAAUCGCCUGGCGAGACAGCUCUCCAUAGAGGAGAGCGGGGCUGAUGGGCAGCUGGCUAGGCCCCUCUAUGUUAAGUCACCACCAGACAGCAAUGCACAGGGGGAGUGGGGUCGGGCCACACACCUCAACCUCAGCCCUGAAGAAAAGAAGCAGGAGCAGGACAGUGUGGAGCACUACGCCAUCAAUAUUUAUGUCAGUGAUAAGAUUUCCCUCCAUCGGCACAUCCAGGACCACAGGAUGAUUGAAUGCCGAAGUAAGAAGUUUGACUACCGGCAUUUACCCACCACCUCUGUGAUCAUAGCCUUCUACAACGAGGCCUGGUCCACCCUGCUGAGGACCAUUCACAGUGUCCUGGAGACCACGCCUGCCAUCCUGUUGAAAGAGAUCAUCCUCAUUGAUGACUACAGUGACCGAGGCUACCUGAAAUCCCAACUAGCUGACUACAUCAGUAAUCUGCAACGUGUACGGCUCAUCCGCACCAACAAAAGGGAGGGUCUGGUCCGGGCACGUCUCAUUGGUGCCACCUAUGCUACGGGUGAUGUACUGACAUUCCUUGAUUGCCACUGUGAGUGCGUCCCUGGCUGGAUUGAGCCUCUGCUGCAAAGGAUUGGCGAGAACGCCAGUACCAUUGUGUGCCCUGUGAUCGACACCAUCGACUGGAACACCUUUGAGUUUUACAUGCAGACUGAUGAGCCGAUGAUCGGAGGUUUUGACUGGAGACUCACCUUUCAGUGGCACUCAGUCCCCGAAGUGGAACGCAAGAGGCGCAAGUCUCGCAUUGACCCCAUCAGGUCUCCGACAAUGGCAGGUGGAUUAUUUGCUGUGAGCAAGGCCUACUUUGAGUACCUGGGCACAUAUGACAUGGGCAUGGAGGUGUGGGGAGGAGAAAACCUGGAGCUCUCUUUCAGGGUGUGGCAGUGUGGGGGCAGCCUGGAGAUUCAUCCCUGCUCUCAUGUGGGCCAUGUCUUCCCUAAAAAGGCACCUUAUGCACGGCCCAACUUCCUCCAGAAUACCGUACGAGCUGCAGAGGUUUGGAUGGACUCUUAUAAGCAACACUUCUACAACAGGAAUCCCCCAGCCAGAAAGGAGACCUAUGGGGACAUCUCAGAGCGGCUGCUGCUGAGGGAGAGGCUGAAAUGCAACAGUUUUGACUGGUAUCUGAAGAAUAUCUACCCUGACCUACAUGUACCUGAGGACAAGGAGGGCUGGCAUGGGGCUGUGCGUAGCUCAGGAGUACACUCAGAGUGUCUGGACUACAACGCUCCAGAUCACAGUCCCACAGGUGCCCACAUUUCUCUGUUCGGCUGCCACGGCCAGGGAGGCAACCAGUACUUUGAAUACACAUCUCAAAAGGAGAUCCGUUUCAACUCAGUAACAGAGCUGUGUGCUGAAGUAGUCGAGGGACAGACCUCCAUCGGGAUGAGGCACUGCCCUGGUGAUAGGGAGCUCAAAUCCCCCAGUAUCGUCUGGGAAUUCAAAAAGGACGGGACCAUCUACCACCCUCACUCAGACAUGUGUGUGACAGCCUACCGCACACCAGAGGGCCGCACAGACGCACAGAUGAGGCAGUGUAACCCAGGAGACAAAAACCAGCAGUGGAAGUUUGAGUGGUAGGAGGAGGGAGAGAGAAAGUAGCAGGGAACCUCAAGUGACCUUGUUUUAUAGUGCAAUUACUACAGUGGAUGUCGUCUUCGCUGCUCCCAAUUCUCUCGCUCUCCAAAUCUGCACUCCAUUUGAAUGGGAAUGGCGAGCAAAUAAAAGGUGCUGAAAAAGUCACUUUAAGCCAAUGAUUUACCCAAUUCAGCACUUUUAUACCCAUGUGAAUGACUGAAUAAGUGCAGAUUGUGGCGGAGUGAAUGAGAAUUGCAAGGCGAGGUUUAUUUGGUCUUUUUAAGGAGACCAGCUGACCUUUCAUCCAAGUGCCUCUGCAACCAAAACGGAGUCCAGCGCACAUCUGAAGUGUCAUUAUUGUCAUGUGUUCUUUCAUCUAAUGCCACACCUUGAAAGCAGCAAAACUGAGUUGACUGUCCAGCAAAUGAAAAAGUGCCUUUCAAAGAGAUUGAAGAAGUAUUUCCAUGAAAACUACAUGCAAAAUCAUGCUGCACUACAAAAUAUUACCUUGAUGUGCACUUAAUAUUAAUUAUUAUUGUUAAAUCCUCAUGCUUGUUUGUUUUAGUUGUCAAAAAAUAACCAAUUUAAAGAUGGACUGUUCAAAGAAGACGUGCCAGGAAUGUAAGCUCAGCAGCAUGUUGCCCCGAACCAGCUACUUCCUAACAUGCCCCAUCAUGUGAGAGGAAAAUGGAAAGAGAGCGCUGCGGUCAUACUAAACUGCUUCUCAAUUCUAUCUCUUUUCUGUGGAGCCAGUUUCAUGGUAGAAUGCUGCCUGAACAAGACUUCAUUCAUUAAGCAUUUGUACUAAGUGCAAUUUGCCCCAGAGGGCUUCGUGAGUUGACAGGAAUGUUGUAAUCAUUUGUUCCUUGUUGUGUAAAAUUAAGAAUACCCUCUAAACUCAUCUGUCACGGUGCCUUUGAAAGGUUGUCAUCCUAAAGGAAAUUGUUUGUGCUGAAAUGAAAUGUGCCAGUGGAUGUCAAAUGUAUUUAGAACAUUUAAAAUGCUAAAAAACUAAAACAACACUGGCUUUAUGCACUUGAUUUUAUUUAGACACAAAAAGCCUUAAAGGUAGCGCCUGUUUAACUUAAUCCUUCAACUUGGCUGUGCCAGACUGUUUUGUAAAGACUCCUGUGUGUAAACUGUACUUGAAACAGCAUCAAAAACACUCCUGUUUAGUGUUUUUUCGAUUGAAGACCCUGUUGGUGUUUCUUCUGGGUUUAAGGACCGAGAGAUGCAGUGUAACUGUUGUUAAAAUGUUUGUUGAAUAGCAGCUGUAUUUGCCCAAGACUGCUUAUCACUGAGCAAUGUUUGGUGUCUGUGGGCCUUUGUAGUCAUGAAUAUGAGAUAUUCAUACUAGUCAAUGGAUACGGUGGGCAUGUAAGAGGACUCCUGGUUUGUGUUACCUUUUGUAAAUAAUUUUUGGUUUAAGGGACCAGAGUGGGCACUUUUAAAACUACUGAUAAUGCAAAAGGGAUAAUGAUUACUUGAUAUGAAGGAGAGGAUGAUUAAAAUGGGAUGGGAGACUCAAGGAAGAUUAAAGCUGUUGGAAACAAAGAAUAAAAAACUAACCACAGA